AUGGAAGAAGUACAUGCAGGAAUGUGUGGUCCUCACAUGAAUGGAAAGGUUUUGGCCAAAAAAAUUCCAAGGUUGGAUUAUUACUGGUUUACCAUAGAGACUGACUAUGCCAGGCCUCUGACUAAUGGAGCAAUUGAAGUAGCCAAUAAGAAUGUGAAGACUAUUUUGAGAAAAAUGGUCGAAACUUAUAAGGAUUGGCCUAAAAAACUCCCUUAUACUCUUUGGCAUUAUCAAACUUCUACAAGAACAUCCACGGGGGCAACCCCAUUCUCUUUAGUGUAUGGAACUGAAGAAGUGCUACCCAUUAAGUUAGAAGUUGAAUCCUUAAGAGUGAUGUUUGAGGACAAUGUCCUAGAAAAUGUGUGGGCUCAGAAAAGAUAUGAGGAAUUAGCGUUGAUUGAUGAAAAGAUAAUGAGGGCCUUGUAUCACAUAUAG